GGGAAAUGACGCCGGUGCAGAAAAUGGCGUCCGCAGAGCCUGUGGUCCGCUGUGGCUCGUUACCCGUUUAAUUUAGCUCCGUGCGGGGGGUCGGUUCGCCUAUCAGAUGGACGGUCAAACCAACACGGCAGUGAACCGCUGCCACCCGCUUUCUUGAUCCCGGAAUCGAACCCGCAACUUGAUGUCCGACGGAGCCAGAGCUGGCUGGUCGAAGAGGGGCUGUGGAGAUUCGCACCGCCGAGAACCAGGGAAGCACAAACACAGGAAAUGCGAGCGGCCCCUUAGCGCUCAGCCGUCGAAGCCUGUGAUUGUUCGCCCGGGCUCCAAAAGGUGUGUUAUGUCGGGGGCGGAUGUGGAGGUGUACCUGUCUCAGGUGCAUGAUGGGAGCGUGUCGUCGGGCUUUAGGGCGCUGUACGAGGAGCGCCUGCUGCUGGACGUCACGCUGUUGAUCGAGGAGCACCACUUCCAGGCCCACAAGGCGCUCCUGGCCACCCAGAGCGACUACUUCCGGGUCAUGUUCACAGCAGACAUGAGGGAGAGGGACCAGGACAAGAUCCACAUGAAGGGGCUGACGGCCGCUGGGUUCGGCCACAUUCUCCGCUUCAUGUACUACGGCUCGCUGGAGCUCAGCAUGCCCACCGUGCAGGAGAUCCUGCAGGCGGCCAUGUACGUGCAGCUGACGGAGGCGGUGGAGUUCUGCUGCUCCUUUCUGCUGGCCAAGAUCUGCCUGGAGAACUGCGCCGAGGUCAUGCGCCUCCUGGAGGACUUCAGCGUGGGUGUGGAGGGCGUCCAGGAGCAGCUCGACAACUUCCUGCUCGAAAACUUUGUCCCCCUCAUGAGCCGACCCGACUUCCUGUCCUACCUCAGCCUUGAGAGACUGCAGGCGUACCUCAACAGCGACGCUCUGAGUCGCUUCCCGGAAAUCGAGCUGUACGAAGCAGUGCAGGCGUGGCUGCGGCACGACCGGCGGCGCUGGAGGCACACGGACACCAUCGUGCAGUCCAUCCGCUUCUGUCUCAUGACUCCUGCCAACAUCUUUGAGAAGGUGAAGACGUCGGAAUUCUACCGUUACUCCAGGCAGCUGCGGCAGGAGGUCGAUCAGGCUCUCAGCUACUUUCACGAUGUCAACCAGCAGCCUUUGGUGGAGACGCGCUCCAACCGCAUCCGCUCCGUCCGCCCGCAGACGGCCGUAUUCAGGGGAAUGAUCGGCCACAGCAUGGUCAACAGCAAGAUCCUUCUCCUGCAGCGUCCUAAGGUGUGGUGGGAGCUGGAGGGACCUCAGGUGCCACUGCGACCUGACUGCCUGGCAAUCGUCAACAACUUCGCCUUCCUGUUGGGCGGUGAAGAGCUGGGGCCCGACGGCGAAUUUCACGCCUCCUCCAAAGUUUACCGAUACGACCCUCGACAGAACUCCUGGCUCCGGAUGGCGGACAUGUCUGUGCCCAGGUCGGAGUUUGCUGUAGGUGUCAUUGGAAAAUUUAUCUAUGCCGUGGCGGGCCGCACGCGAGACGAGACCUUCUACUCCACGGAGCGAUAUGACAUCACAGAGGACCGCUGGGAGUUCGUGGACCCCUACCCUGUCAACAAGUACGGCCACGAGGGAACCGUCCUAAGCGGGAAGCUGUACAUCACGGGCGGCAUCACCUCCUCCUCCACCUCCAAACAGGUGUGCGUGUUCGACCCAGGGAGGGAAGCAGGAGGUGGGGGCGGAGGGGGGAGUGCGGGCGGGUCUGAUUCGCACAGGACACGCGCUGGCCGCGGCCCGCUGCCGCCCGGCACUCACGGCAGCUGCUGGGAGAACAAAUCCAAAAUGAACUACGCCCGCUGCUUCCACAAGAUGAUCUCCCACAACGGGAAGCUGUACGUGUUCGGAGGUGUGUGCGUGAUCCUGCGGGCAUCCUUCGAGUCGCAGGGCUGCCCGUCCACGGAAGUAUACAACCCAGAGACUGACGAGUGGACCAUUCUCGCCUCCAUGCCCAUCGGGCGCAGUGGCCACGGGGUGGCAGUUCUGGACAGGCAGAUCAUGGUGCUGGGUGGCCUGUGUUACAACGGCCACUACAGUGACUCCAUCCUCACCUUUGACCCAGAGGAAAACAAGUGGAAGGAGGACGAGUAUCCCAGAAUGCCUUGCAAACUGGACGGUCUGCAGGUGUGCAGUCUGCACUUCCCAGAGUAUGUGCUAGAGCACGUGAGACGUUGCAGCUGAGGUCUGCUCCACUGCAUGCCUCCUUUUUAUAGAAACGCACUGUCAUGGACUGAAGUUUCCCACUGGCGGGGGGCGGGGUCAGGUGUUUACAGGUGGGAGACUCUACAGGCUUUUAAACUGGAGACCAGCACUUACCUUAAGGUGAGGAAAAGAUGGCCGGGGCCACAGCGUUGCUCUUCCUAAACGAAGGAAGCAGCUGUCAAAGUGUGGCCCGUGAGACGCCACCCAUGAACAUUUUCAGAUAUAGCUUUCUCAGAAAAUAAAGGAAAAAUAAUCAUGGGGAGGAAAAAAAAAAGAAAAAAAGGAUUUCAUUCUGCCGGUUUAUGUUUGGACUGUGGUCAACUUCCUGUUCUACUUCUCACCUGUAUUUAGGCGCUCCAGUCAGGCUUACCGCAGAAACGCACUGGAAGCAUCUGAUUUAAACCACCAGUCGAACAAACCCCUGCAUCACAAAUCCUGCUCGAAUUAGGCUUGUUUCCAUUAAAAGAUGCAGGUUGGUGAAAUAUACCAGACACUGGAAAACGCCCUAAAAUGUAUAACAGCAAGCAUACAAUCGGGUACACAAACAACUAUAUAUACUGUAGUGUAGUUAUUUUAGAGCCUGUCUCCAACUAUAAAACUGUAGAUGCUUUAAUCUGCUAACAGCUGUAAACUGUUACAAUUUCGCUUCCAGUGCGUUCCAGCUUUUAGUCCUAAUUCAGCUCUUUGCUCCCAGAUAUCAUCAAACUCUUCAUGUUCAUACAGCAUAACAUCACUGUCCUCCUCCUCUUCCUCCCUCUGUCUCACAGUUUGAGAGUAAAUGUAUCCUGACAGUGAUGAUGACGACAGACUCAUACAGCUUUACUCACUCUCAUCUACAUUCCCUGCACUUUAUUGGUUGUUAUUGUGUGUAAAUGCACAGUUUUUCCCUUCCCAGCGGCUGAAUGUGCUGUAAUGCUGGAGACGUUUAGCUGUCUGAAAUCAACGUUACGGCUGCGAGUCAAGACUGACAAAAUGAGUUGAAGCAUUUGAGAAACAGUGGACCUCACGCAAGAACAUUUUCAUGCAUUAUAGUAAUGGUAAAGGGCCAGAAACCACAAUAAAACCAUUAAUACUUCAGGUUUAUGUUGUCAGAGGUACUGUUAGUGGUAAGAAAAAAGGGUUUUGAGGCUGAACAAACUCCUAAAAUAGGUUGUCUUUUUAAGUAUGAAAAUGGUCUUAAUUGAACUCAUUAACACUUAAACACAGUGCACCCUGUCUUUGAAUAAUCUUUAAUUUUUAACUGAUUUAAGAAAUUAAACAAUAGCUUGUUACCCUACAGAUUAGCAGAUUAAUAUUGGGCAAUUUAGUCACUGGAUCACAUGACAUUCAUUGAUGCUGCUAAUAUCUGUUAAGCUAAGCGUUAGUCAUAGUUUCACUGCUUUCAUCUGUUUCUGCUGUGAACCAGUUAUGUUGCUGUCUUUAUUUAAUAAACUGACCAAGAAAACUGGGAUAACUAAAAUCAGCUUUAGCAAAGGCUAGCUGCCACUAUAUUAGCUGCUAUGUCAGCGACUAGCUUUUUCUCACGAUAUCCCGCUGACGUUAGCUGUGCGGUUAGCAAUCGUUUUGAAAUGAUAAAAUGUUGUUUAAAGAAACUUGCGUAAAAGUAACAAAAAUAAGACAACAGGUAGUGCUGGCCAUAAUUUCACUACUUUAAUCUUUCAGUUGUAAACCAGUUUAAGUUUAAUAGAGAGAAGUUUGUCAGUUCAUUAAAAUGAUUUUAAUUCCAGAUAACUAGGAUGGCAUUUAUAUUUAAACUCAAUUUAAGCUUUAGCUAAGGCUAGAUGCUGCUAUACCAGCAGUUUCCAGUAUCGUAGCAUGCUAACUUUAGCUGUGCAGGUAGCUAUUUUUCUACGGCGCCUAAUAAGAGCUGCUCAGUCAAAGCUAAAAAGGAGUUUGGCUCCUUUUUAGCUUUACUACAAAUUUAUUAAAAUCUAUCAUAUUGAAUACCAAACUAAAUAACCAAAAUAUACUAACACAGGGAAGGAAACCAAUAACUAAACUUUAACAUUAGCCAAUGUUAGCCUUAGCUAAUCUGAACAUAGCUAUCUGACUUUGGCUGUGUAGCUGUUUUUGUUUUUGUGUUAAUUACUUACAGCAAAAUAAUAUGGUUUAAAAAAACAUGAACCAAAAAAUCUCCAAAUUGUAAGAAGUCAAAAAUGCAAGAGCACCACUUAGCGGAUGCCAACGCUCGGCUGUUAUGGAUGUGUAAUGGCAGGGGCUCAAAGCGCUGUUAUAGUGAAGUCAGUGAACUGGUGUGUGUAGUUUGACGGGCCCAUCUUGAACAGUAUUCAUCUGUGGUGUGAAUCUGAAUGUCUUAGGUUCGUUUCAUUCUCGAGUUAUGGCCAAUGUUAGUUUUUGUGGAACAGACGCCGUCAAUAACAGACACCAAGGCUAUGACCAUACCUUGACUUUUUCUUUGAAACAGCCAAGCUAAUAAUAACAUACACUGCUGUAUUCAAAAAUUAAUAUUUAUAAUUUAGAGAAAGUGAUCUUUAUCUAAAGGUAGCUGUGGCUAACUCAGCUGCUAGCAUUUUCUGAUAUAGCUGUAUAACUAGCUAUGUAGUUACUGGGUUUUUGUUUGUAAUUUAUAUGAAAUUAAGGUAGCAACCACCAAAAAGGGAAAAAUUAGAUGGCAGCUAAGCUAGCUACCUUUUAGCAAGAGUUUAGCUAGAGAAGAAUAUUUAGCUUUAGCAUUAGGAAGGUGAGUCAUGGCUAUUUAGGCAGCUAGCUUUCACCUGAGUUUAGCAUUGUAGUAUAUUAUAGCAAAAAUACACUUUUCUAGUGAAUUGUUGUAAAUGUAAAUUUAAAAAGCUAUUUUCAUAAAAUGACACAUUUCUACUACACAUUUUUAUAUGCACUGUAAAAAGAUGAAGUUAACACUGUAAGACCUCAUUACAUAUGUAUUUGUUUAAAAAAAAUAGUAAAUUGGAAAUUGGCAUAUUUAAUUUAUUCAGAUUAAGACUCUUUAACUGGUCAUACCCCAAAGAUUCUUCUGAGUUCACUCGUACAAAUCUGGUCAUAUUCGAGGUUCUUGCUUGAGAUUCAUUGUUUCUUUGCCUCCAGAUUGGUUCAUACAUUUCAUAUUUUCAUCUCUACAGCCCAACUCUGUGUGUUUGAAUUUAGGCUGCAAACACUGGAGGUCAGUAUAACCAAAGCAUGAAGCUGAGAAAGAAGGAAAUAAGUUACCAGCCAGUGUUUAAAUGACUCGUGCCAGCUGUGUGUUCGUUUCAGACCUUGAAGGCUCGCCUUCCUCAGCUGAUGCAAACUGUCUUCGUAGCUUGCACAUCUCAGCAGUCCGGCACCUUGAUCCUGCAGCCCAGUAAGCCGUGCUCGAUGACCAGCUCCAUGCUUGUAUGUUUUUAUUUUUCUUUUGUUUUCAUGAGCCAACUGUGAAAAAGGGCUAGAGCACACACUGAUGCAGUUCUGUCUGUUAGCUGUGUAUAUUAAUUUAUUUAUUUUCUACAGGUAUUGCUUUUCACCGAGCUAUGCAGUAACAGUCGUAGGAUUAUUUAUUAUGACGAGACUUUUCAUCGUGAGUCGUGUUGUUUUCAGGUCGUACCUCGUUGUCUUUCCUCGUUUCGUCCUCGGGCCGCCUGUCCGUCUGUCUUCUCCACCCCAGCAGCUCUGCAUGUGGCUCAUUAUUGGAUGCUUUGAGAGUUUUUCUUCCAGUCUGAAGGCAUACUUUAAGUAUUGUUAAAACCUACAGUCUGCAGCACCUUUACAUUUUCCUGUAUGCAAAUUCUCAGAGUGUCAGACUUCACGUUCCUCUUCCUUCUUGUAGCAGUGUCCAAGCUGUCCACAUACCCCUCCAGUCCUGAGCUGCAGCUUCAACAGCAUCCCUGCAAAGCCAGUUUUGUUUUGGGGAGCAAAUCGUCCCCAAAAUGGUUUAUAACAAUCCUCUACAUGCCUCUGCAGCAGGUGAAAGUCCCAGGAGUAGAUCAUUAACCUCAGUGAUCAUCUUUGAGAACUUUGAACCAGCAAAUUUUGGGCAUUUUUGCUUGAAAAUCUUUUCUUUUUUUUUUCCCCUUUUCUUUCAACUCUGACUAAUCAGCUAAGCUUUGCAGCCAUAUCUCUGUCUCUGCAUGUCAUUUAACCAUUUAUUGGACAUUUUAACCCAAUCACACUCUUGAAAACAGUUUAAUCCUUCAAAUCUGGUUUAAAAGCUCUUCUGCUCCCUUUACUCUAGAUCAGUGGUUCUCAAACAGUGGGGCAGGCCCUACUGGUGGGCCACACAGCCAUUGCAGGUAGGGCAAAAAUAUUAAGUUAAUCUAAGCUGUAUAAAAUAUUUGUAGGAGAAAUAAGCAACAAAACAAAACACAAACCCCUGAUUAGGUUAAGAUUCAAAUUGGAUCCCUUCUAUUGUUGAUGAUUUACGGGCCUCCUGAAGCCGGGGCGUGCCACGAGAACGUGCACUAAACACACCAGUGAUGCUGCUGUCUUAACUGAAGCAUUUCCGGCCGGGGAAACGAAUUUCUUCAUUAAAUCCUCGGCCCUUUGUGUCUCCUCUGCGUCCCUGUUCUCUGCCUCACGUGCCACUCUGCAGUCCCCUCGCUGCGCUUCCUGUUCUUCCUCCUCCUCUCAUGUCGCCGUUUGAAGAAGAAACUUGUAACCAAUAAAGUACUACUGUCCCGAUUUGAGGCUCAUCCAGUCAUAGCGCAGCAUCCUUUAGUCCACCAGUCUUCAGUCUGUCAGUAGGAAAACAGAAUAGAGGAUUUAAAAAAGACAUACCUUGCUACGACUGUAUCCGAAAAAGAAAUUAAAAUCAGAUUAACAUAUCUUAUAAUCUGAGUAGGAAGUCUUUGGAAAUGAUUUGUAACUUCUUUCCAGAAAUAAAUGUUCAUAUUGGUCGACUUUCA